GAUAUCACAGUCGAUGGGAUCAAGCAGCUCUACCUAGGUAUAUACACAGAUUGUGAAAGCGACGAUGAUGAGUACCGGAUCAGGGUGGAGCUCUACCUAAGUACAACAUCCCCACUGCCGACUCGUCCGUCCGUCGUCUUCCUCAAGGGCCGAGCUCCAGCGUCAAUAACUUGCGUCUCAUGGAGGCCGUUGCCGCGCUCCAUGGCAACCUCGACGCACAAACACGGUCGAGCGAGACCGCAUCAUGGACGACUUUACCUUUGCUUUGCGAGCGGACGCGCAAAGGGAGGAGGGGCUGAUCACUACCAACAACCUAACGUCCUCGCGAGAGGUACCGACGUCGCAACUACCGUCGCUGCCGUCUCGAUGGUCUGCAACUACGAUAUCCCGCUCGGUGGUAAUGGUCGGUCAGACCAGAAGACU